AAGCCUCUAUCAGAGGAGGCUCAGGUCUUGCAGUUUAAAACCAGUAAUGGAAAAACACAAGAACGUUUCCUGGAUCCACCAGCAGGAACUGGCAGAUCCAUCCCAGAAAUACCUGAACAGCACCGAGGACUACCUGGCCUUCCUCUACGGGCCUCCACGCAGCCACUUCUUCUUCCCAGUGACUGCAGUGUAUGCGCUGAUUUUCAUCGUGGGACUCGUCGGCAAUUUCCUGGUGUGCCUGGUGAUUCUUCGGCACCAGGCUAUGAAGACGCCCACCAACUACUACCUGUUCAGCUUGGCCGUCUCCGACCUCCUGGUCCUGCUCCUUGGGAUGCCCCUGGAAGUCUAUGAGAUGUGGCGCAACUACCCCUUCCUGUUUGGGCUGGUGGGCUGCUACUUCAAGACGGCCCUCUUUGAGACGGUGUGCUUUGCCUCCGUCCUCAGCGUCACCACGGUCAGCGUGGAACGCUACGUGGCCGUCCUCUACCCGUUCCGGGCCAAACUGAGGAGCACCCGGCGGCGGGCUCUCAGGAUCCUUGGCCUCGUCUGGGGCUUCUCUGCCCUCUCCUCUCUGCCCAACACCAGCGUUCACGGCAUCAAGCUCCACUACUUCCCCAAUGGGUCCUUGGUCCCGGGCUCCGCCACCUGUGCGGUCAUCAAGCCCAUAUGGAUCUACAAUUUCGUCAUCCAGGUUACCUCUUUCCUCUUCUACAUCCUCCCCAUGACUGUCAUCAGUGUCCUCUACUACCUCAUGGGGCUCAAACUAAAGAAGGACCAACUGCUUGGGGCAGAUGAAAUGACUGCAAAUAUUCAAAGACCUGCCAGAAAAUCAGUCACCAAGAUGCUAUUUGUCUUGGUCUUAGUGUUUGCUAUCUGUUGGGCCCCAUUCCACAUUGAUCGGCUCUUCUUCAGCUUUGUGGAGGAGUGGACUGAAUCCCUGGCUGCUGUGUUCAAUCUCAUCCAUGUGGUGUCAGGUGUCUUCUUCUACCUGAGCUCAGCCGUCAACCCCAUUAUCUAUAACCUACUCUCGCGCCGCUUCAGGGCAGCAUUCUGGAAUGUGAUCUCUCCCUGCAAACAGGGGCACUCUCGGCACCACCAACAGGGGCCACCUGCCCAGCGGAACAUCUUCCUGACAGAAUGCCACCUUGUGGAGCUGACUGAAGAUGCAGGUCCCCAGUUCUCUUGUCAGUUAACCGUCAGCAGCUCGCACCCCCCUACAGCCCUCUGUAGUGGACAGGCACCAUGAAAGGGACACUCAAAGAGUUGA